AUGCAACUAUCACGAUGUAAACUGCAACAGUACGACAAGUACGGCAAACUGAACAUCUUCAAGGUGAAUCAUGUUACCUAUAAAGAAUUGCCAGGCAUGCGACCGGAAAAGUUUUCUUUCAAGACCCUACAACAGCUAGUCUCGCACAAACCCAAACAAAAUGUGGCCCUUGAUCACCUGCCAGUAUACUCGGAGAUCCUGAAGUUCGGUUCACUCGAUCAGAACCUGAUGAGGGGACUGAUGUCCACCCUCGAGGACGCUUUCAUGCGAAUUCCCUCGCACAAAGAUGAGGGCCUGAGUUACAGUCAUGAGGAAAUCUGUUGUUACGUCAUAGACGAGUACAUUGGCGAUGUCUCCAAGAAUGGUAUUAUUCGUGAACAGAAGGCACGCACUCGCAUCUUCUGUAGCGCCUUCGUCAACAAGGGUCCACACAUUAUGGAGGACUAUGAGAAGGAUCACAUGCUGAAGUUCUACCCUCUGGAUGGCUGCAAGUUUGAGUUGAUGCGUUUCCGCGUGAGCCUUCGCAACAACCGCGAACUGCCCCUGCAAGUUCACUGUACCUACUCCAUCGACGAUCGGCGAGUGUCAAUGCGUUGUGAACUGCUGGUGCCCGGCUACUUCACCGCUAGCCAACGGUCCGGAGCCGUGCCCUGUGAGGAUGUGGAGAUCCGAAUUCCGGUGCCGGAGGAGUGGAUCUAUCACUUCCGUGUGGAGAAACAUAAUCGAUACGGAUCGGUGCACUCGACACUGCGCAAGCCCGGCAAGAUUAAGGGGCUGGAGCGGAUAACCCAGAUGGCUCAAAGUCUGCUGCCGCCCAGUCUACUUGAGGCCAGCAUCGGACUGGCGAAAUAUGAACACAUCUACAAAUCUGUUGUCUGGCGGAUUCCCCGUGUACCGGAGAAGAAUGAAGGUGAGUAA